AUUUGUCUGAAACUAUCCCAGGGCUAUAUCGUUUACUCGACUUGUGUAUAGAUGAUGGAUCAAAUGGACGUAUUGGCAGGAUAAUCAUUUCUACGGAGUCAUUGAAAAGACUUUGCAAUGAUUUAGAGCCAAAUAGUUUCAAGUCGAUUUCUAAUAUCAAUUACAAAAAAUUAAAUCAUACUAAGUUAAAGUUCAUUGGUUGUUAUGGUAAUCAUAUAUUAAUCGCGAAACUUUUAUUGAAAACUAAAACUAUCGACAAAGCAAUGUAUAAUCGCCUUACUUGUUUGGACUCUUCCGGGGUUGAUCAAGAUCAUGAAAGUCAGCCUACACUUCGUCCUGGAAUUUACCUGCUUAGA